UGUUAGAAGGUAGUGUGUCCUGUUAAGGUAGUUACUCAGACAUACAGUCAAUGGAGGUUUUUACUUACUUGAUAAUUACGAAUAGAAACACUGUAGUAACAUUUACUGAAGUCAGUUGUUAAAAGUCAAGCAAUACAAAUUUCACUAAAGCAAACAUUUUAUCAACAAAGUGCCCUCGAAGUACAAAAAACACUAAUUUCUUAUCCUUUAUUAUUUUUAUUUUUUAUUGCUCUGUGAAGUUUGGGAAUUUUGCUUAGCUGGAUGACAAUGAUUUUGUUUUGGUUAAAAAGUCCAACCGGAAGUGCUAUUCUUGAUGGUUUUGAGUGUACAUGUCUUAUGUCUACAUCCGACAUAAUUAUAAUCACAUUUCCAUAACACUAUAGCAUCCGCCCAUUUAUCUUCUUCACAGCAAAUCUUUGCAUGUUCUCUUUAUCUCUGUCACUCCUCACUUAUCAGUGGUAGUAAAGUACACAUUAGAGAAGAGGCGGAGCUACACGGAGGGGCGGAGCUUCCACGUCACUCUCCAGAAACGAAAGUUAAGUUGGUCAGAGAGACAGACGCGCUGCAGUGAAGACAAGUCUCCGUGUUUCUGAGAGAAAAGUCAAAGUGACGUCAUCAGGUGUUCCUCAGCAACACAGCAGAGUCUCUUGAGAACACAGGUGAGUACAGCUGGUCACAUUUACACCUUCAACAAGCAGGAAGAACACACAACUUGUAAGUUCCUCUGUGUUCACUUCCUGGUCUCUCUCUGUUUCCUGGUCCCUUCCUCUGUUUCCUCUUGCUGAGUCACGUUAAACGUGUUCAACAGGAACCUGCUGGAGGCUUUUAGUGUCAAUCAUCUAAAUGAGAUGCUACAUGUUUGUCACCAAGUAAGCAGAGCGUUGUUAGCGUGCUGCUCUUUAUUCACAGCAUGUGGACACGUUCUGGGCUGUUCAUCAAGAAUAGUGACCAUGAAGACACAGUAUUUUACCCAAUGUUACACGCUACAAUCCCACUGCUUUCAAAUGACAACACAUUAUAAUUAUAUAUAUUUCUUCUCUUCCACAACAUGUGCAGACAUGGCUUCUUCAAACUAUGGUCCAUCUGAAGAUCAGUUCCUGUGCUCCAUCUGUCUGGAUGUGUUCACUGAUCCAGUCUCCACACCAUGUGGACACAACUUCUGCAUGAACUGCAUCAAUGAACACUGGAACACCAGCGACCAGAACCUGUGUCCAAUGUGUAAGAAGGACUUCACCACCAGACCUGAUUUGAGGGUCAACACCUUGCUCUCUGAGAUGGUUGUUCAGUUCAGACAGUCCACUCAGCAGAAAGCCAGCAGCAGCAGCUCAGAGCAACAAGAGUCCAAACCAGGAGAAGUUCCCUGUGACGUCUGCACUGGAACCAAAGUGAAGGCCCUCAAGUCCUGCCUGGUGUGUCUGGCCUCCUACUGUGAGACUCACCUGGAGCCUCAUCUGACAGCUUCACGUCUGAAGAGACAUCAGCUGAUGGACCCUGUGGAGAACCUGGAAGGCAGGAUGUGUACGAAGCACGAUAAACCUCUGGAGCUGUUCUGUAAGAGCGACCAGACGUGUGUCUGCAUGCUCUGCACUGUUUUAGACCACAAGAACCAUGAGUAUGUUCCUCUGGAAGAAGAAUAUGAAGAAAAAAAGGUCCAGCUGAAGAAGACAGAGACUGAAAUCCAGCAGAUAAUCCAGAAGAGAAGACUGAAGAUUCAGGAGAUCAAACACUCGAUGGACCUCAGUGAGGAAGAUGCAGGCAGAGAGAAAGCAGAAGGUGUUCAGGUCUUCACUGAUCUGAUGGAGUCUGUUGGAAGAGGCUUGAAGGAGCUCCUCAAAACAAUAGAAGAGAAGCAGGAAACCACAAAGAAACAGGCUGAAGCUUUCAUCAGAGAGCUGGACCAGGAAAUCUCUGAGCUGAUGAAGAGGAGCGCUGAGGUGGAGCAGCUCUCUCUCUCUGAAGACCACCUCCAUCUUCUCCAGUCCUCAAACAUCCAUCAGCCACCACCCACCAAGGACUGGACAGAGGUCCGUGUUUGUCCUCCUUCAUAUGAGGGGACUGUGGUGAGAGCUGUGUCUCAGCUGGAGGAGACACUCAGUGAAAUGAUGAAGAAGUGGUUUGCUGAGCUGAAGAGGGUCCAGAUGUUUGCAGUGGAUGUGACUCUUGAUCCUGAAACAGCUCAUCCUCUACUCAUCCUGUCUGAUGAUGGGAAACAAGUGAAACUUGGUGAUGUGGAGAAGAAUCUCCCAAACAACCCAAAGAGAUUUUCUAGUUGGUCCUGUGUUGUAACAAAGCAGAGUUUCUCUUCAGGCAGAUUCUACUUUGAGGUUCAGGUUGAAGGAAAGACUGAGUGGUUUUUAGGAGUGAUCAGAGAGUCUGUCAACAGGAAGGGAAACACCUCAUGGAGUCCUCAGAAUGGUCACUGGAUUCUAUGUUUGGAAAAUGGAAAUAAAUACUCAGCUCUUGAUGAUCCUCAAGUUGAUCUCUCUGUGAAGUCUGGUCUUCAGAAGGUGGGGGUGUUUGUGGACUAUGAGGAGGGUGUGGUCUCCUUUUAUGAUGUAGAAGCUGCAGCUCUCAUCUACUCCUUCACUGGCUGCUCCUUCACUGAGAAACUCUUCCCGUGGUUUCAUCCUGGUUCUAAUGUCUUUGGUGGAAACUCUGCUCCUCUGAUCAUCUCUCCUGUCGGAGUAAACUUAUCAUUCUCUUCUUUCAUGUGAUUUUAUUCAUUAAAGGGAAUAAAUGUACAUAUUUUUUAUAAAUACUGUGUUUUUCUCUUAAUUUCUGUAUCAUGACACCUUAUGGAGAAUAUCUUUUUUUAACCUUUUGAAUCAAGACUUUUUUAUUUUCACUAAAUAUCCUGAUGUUUGACUUUGAGUAAAUUAGCAAAACAAAUUUCAUCUGAUUUGCAGCCACUGAAAACAUUUUGUUGAAUAUUUCAUAUUUUUAAAAACUCUUCUUACCUUUCCAUCAUCUUCACAGAAUACACUUUGUGUUAUUGUUAUACUGCAUUAAAGGUCAACGGACAAAGUAAAUUAAUAUAAAUGCAAAUGUUCUUUCCGUGUGAAGUGUUUUGAAUGAUUAAAAGUUUCUUUGGCUCAUUAUGAUUUGUUUUGUGACUGU